CUAGCAGGGAGCAAUGGGAAACUGGGGGUCACAGUUGUCCUCGGUACCUGCACAGGACCUGGGUAAGUUUAUCCAGGAAAACCUGAAGCCCUAUGAAGACUGUCAGAAACAGAUCAACCAGACUGUGAAUACCAUCUGUGAUAUCCUGCAGGAUCCGAAGCAGUUCCCCCUGGUGCAGGGUGUGGCCAAAGGUGGCUCCUAUGGCCGAAGAACAAUCUUGAGAGGCAAUUCCGAUGGUACUCUCGUCCUCUUCCUCAGUCAUUUAGAACAAUUCUGUGAUCAGAAGAAAAGCCACCAUGAAGUCCUCAAGGAAAUCAAGCACCAUCUGGUGGUACAAUUGACCUUAUGGGGGUUGGAAAACAAGGUCAAGAUCCAGAUGCUCCGUGGCGGGCUCACCAUCGAGGUGUCUGCAACAUGGCAAAGCAUCUCUUUUGAGGUGCUGCCCGCCUUCAAUGCUCUGGGCUUAAGUGAGAAUCCCAGCUCCAGGAUCUACCGAGAUCUCCAAAGAUCCUUGGAUAAGACCAAAGCCAGCCCCGGUGAGUUUUCCGUCUGCUUCACAGAACUCCAGCAGAAGUUUUUUAACAACUACCCCAGGAAACUGAAGGAUUUGAUCCUCUUGGUAAAGUACUGGUAUCAACAGUGCCAGAAAAAACUGGAGGAUUUAUCCUCGCUGCCUCCAUAUGCUCUGGAGCUGCUUACGGUAUAUGCCUGGGAACAGGGGUGUGGAGCAGAAGACUUUGAUAUGGCUGAAGGCAUCAGAACUGUUCUGGAACUGACCAAGCAGCAGCAGCUGCUGUGUGUCUAUUGGACAGUCAACUAUGACUUUGAGGAAGAGACUGUCAGGAACGUCCUACUGAACCAGCUCGGAUCGGAGAGGCCUGUAAUCUUAGACCCAACGGAUCCAACCAAUAACGUGGGUCGCGACAAUAAGAAAUGCUGGAAACUGCUGCAACAAGAGGCUCAAAGCUGGUUGUGCUCUCCCAGCCUGAACAAUGAGUUACCUCGACCAUCUUGGGAUGUUCUGCCAGCACCUCUCUUCUCAACCCUGGGCCAUCGUCUAGAUAAAUUCAUCAAGGACUUUCUCCAGCCUGACAAAUGUUUCCUAGAACAGAUUAGUAUAGCUGUUGACAUGAUCUGUACAUUCCUUAAAGAAAAUUGCUUUCGACAUUCGACUACCAAGAUCCAGAAGAUCAUCAAGGGAGGUUCCACCGCCAAAGGCACAGCUCUGAAGAAUGGCUCUGACGCCGACCUUGUCGUGUUCCCCGACUCGCUUAAAAGCUAUACCUCCCAAAAAAGUGAGCGCAGCAGAAUCAUCAAGGAAAUCCACAAACAACUGGAAGCCUGUCAGCAGGAAAUGCAGAUGCAGUUUGAAGUGAAAUUUGAGAUUUCAAAAUGGAAGGCUCCCAGGGUGCUGAGGUUCUCUCUGAAAUCCAAAAUACUCAAAGAAAGUGUGGACUUCGAUGUGCUACCUGCCUUUAAUGCGCUAGGUCAACUAAAUUCUGGCUGCACACCCAGCCCCAGGGUUUAUGAUGAGCUCAUUGGUCUAUAUAAAUCCUCAGACACCCUGGGGGGAGAGUUUUCUACCUGUUUCACGGAGCUGCAGCGCAACUUCGUUGUUUCCCUGCCAACCAAACUGAAGGAUUUAAUUCGCCUGGUGAAGCAUUGGUACAAACAGUGUGAAAGGAAACUGAAGUCAAAGGGGUCUUUGCCCCCAAAGUAUGCCUUGGAGCUGCUCACUAUCUACGCCUGGGAGCAGGGGAGCAGGACACAGGAUUUUGACACUGCUGAAGGUUUCCGGACAGUCCUGGAGUUGGUCACGAAAUAUCAGCAGCUCUGCAUCUUCUGGACAGUCAAUUACAACUUUGAAGAUGAGACUUUGAGGAAGUUCCUACUGACCCAGAUCCAGAAAACCAGGCCUGUGAUUUUGGACCCAGCUGAACCUACUGGUGAUGUGGGUGGAGGGGACCGUUGGUGUUGGCAUCUUCUGGCAAAAGAAGCUAAGGAAUGGUUGUCGUCUCUCUGCUUCAAAGAUGGGACUGGAGACCCAAUACAGCCAUGGAAAGUGCCAGUAAGAGUAAUCUAAGGGAAAUGGCGUCUGGAGAUAGCCUUGUAACAGGCUUGAAUCAAAGAACUUCCUUCUCCUGCUAUAGCAACUUGAAAUUAAUUCAGCCACAAAUGACAGAAUACCCAACUCGCAGAUUAGACAAUUGCCUCCACCCCCUUGCAAGUAAUCCUAAGCAGGCAACCCAGAAUUCACACAAGAGCUCAGUAGAACUUUCUCCCUCUGCAGAUUUUCUCUACCACAGGACUAGUGACAUUUGGGGUUUGAUAGUGCUUUGUUGGGGUAGGGGACUAUUCUGUGCAUUGCGGAAUGCUGAGCAGUGUCCUGGCCUCUACCCAUUAGAUACCAGUAGCACCCCCUACCCCACAGUGUGACAACCAAAAAUGUCUCUAGACAUUGACAAAUGUGCCCUGGGGAGCACAGCUCUUUCUGGCUUUUGGGUCUUGGUUCCACUCUCUUUAGUUGUUGACUUUAGUACUCAUGGCCCUACUGCACCUCCAGGUGGUAGGUUCAUGAUCCAGGCAGGAAAAUCAGAAAGGGGAAGAUGCCCGAAGGUCAGGAACACAGAGAUUUUAUUAGAAGCCUCAUCCAGCAAAUUCUCUUACAUUUCAUUGCCCAGAACAGUCACAUGGCUACCCAUAACUUGAAGGUGGCUACAGAGAAGGAGAAUGAGGAUGAUUGUGGAUGCAGAUUGGUCAGUCGCCCAAGAGUGUCUGCCACAUUUGUCCAAAGCUCCCCGUCCUACCAAAACAAACUUGGUACAUCCCACCAGGAUAUACUCCCGCCAGGUACACUGGGUUCUCUGCAACCAGCUUCUUUCUUUAAAGCAAGGUUUCCCAACCUUGGCACUAUUGACAUCUUGGGUCAGAUAAUUCUUUGUUUAGGGGGAUGUCCUGUACAUUGUAAGAUGCUGAGCAGCAUCCCAGGUCUCUAGCCACUGGAUGUACCCAGCUGUGACAAUAGAAAAUGUCUUGAGACAUCAUCAUGUGUCCUCUGGGAAGCAAAAUUGCUCCUGGGUGAGAACCCUUGUUUUAGAGGAAUCCCCCUGCCUCCAACCCCAGGGUCAGCUCUACUUAUCAAGAUCUGCACCACCCCUCUCUCUCUCUCUCUCUCUCUCUCUCCCCCCCUCUCCCCUCUCUUUCCCCCUAACUCUUUUAACCAAUAGUUGUAACUGCUUAGGAAACAUUGUCCUCCCACAUAUAUUUCUUUCUUUCAUAGACAAUGCAGACACCAGGAAGUUGUGGAGCUAGAAUAUAUCCUAUUGGCAAUGAGAUAUUCUCAUUCAGAACUCAUAGAAUCCUGGAAUAACAAUGCUAGAAGAAGACAUCUGGCAAUGGCUUUUAAAGAAUUGGUUCACCGUGUAAAAGAGUAACCCAAAUCCAUUCUCCUUUUGAUGAUCACUAACCCAUCCUUUGCUUCUUGGACUCUUCCUGAAAUCCAAACUGUGAAGUUCCUCAUAAAAUCUUCCCUGGCUGAACCCUCACUCUGUGAGUGACCUACAUUUAAAAAUAUUUGCGCUUAUCCAGCUUUAUGUGCACCAUAUUUCUUUCAACCAUUCUGUGUUUUUCUAAUCAGUGCCUCCCUUUUCCUUCAAGUCUUAAAAAGGAAUCUCUCUGUGUCUCCAUAGUGAAGCCAUUUACCUGUCCCUUGGUUCCCACAACUCUGUCAUCUUGCUCUCAUAAUCAUUCACCUCUGUCUCCUUCCCUCUGUAUACAAAACUCUUUCUGCCUCUGUCAACACAGAGGUCUCCCAAGCCAGCAGCCAGCCAACACUUUCAUUAGACCUUUAAACCCUCCCAAGGCUUGGACUAUAACUGUCGCCUUAUAUAUAUAUCUAUAUUGGCAACAGUUGUCUUUUUCUUCUGAGCCUGCCUUCAUCCUGCCACCCAGGAGUAUCUUCUUGCCAAAUCUAAAGGCUUCAAAGAUACUUGAAGGUCUAAGUGUUUUAACCUCAUCUACCCCCACUUAAGUUUUAUUACUGCUGCAUUACCAAUUGUGAUACAGUAAAGAAGAUAUUUGGCUUCUGUGCCCAGUUUCUGGCACAAAGCUUCAAAAACCCUUGGAAUCUCCUGAUAGGAGUGUCUUUUGUAUUCACAACAAGCCCCCUUCAAUCAUCCCUGAGUUUAUGCUACCAAGGUGACACAUGGGCCCUAGUUUCAAGAGAGGAGCUGGCCAUGUCAGAAAGAUCAAGCAUGUGAUUAGAGGGUUGGCAGUUUCAGCAUGACCCUUCUACCUCCAAGGAGGAGAGGGGACUAGAGAUUAAGUUCAAUCACAUAGCCAGUAAUUUAACCAAUCAUGCCUAUGUAAUGAGACCCUAAUAAAAACUCUGAACAAUGAGGCUUGUGGAGUUUCCUGGUUAGUGAACAUUCCAGUGUAUCAGGAAAGUAGAGUAUCCAAUUCCAUGGGAACAGAAGCUCCCGAGGUUGGGGCUCUCCCAGACUUGCCACCCUAUGUAUCUU